AUGCAUUUCGAGGAGGCAUACCCAAACAAGCCGCCGGGCGUCAAGUUUAUUAGCCAGAUGUUCCAUCCCAACGUAUACGGGACCGGCGAGCUGUGUCUGGACAUUCUUCAAAACCGGUGGUCGCCCACGUACGACGUGGCAGCCAUCUUGACCAGUAUUCAGAGUCUGUUGAACGACCCGAAUACCUCGUCUCCCGCCAAUGUCGAAGCAUCGAACCUGUACAAAGAGAACCGCAAGGAGUACACCAAGCGCGUGCGCGAGACGGUGGAGAAGAGCUGGGAGGACUGA